AUGACGGAAACAACAAGAAGCGAUUGGAUUCAAAGUCAAAAUUCAUCAAUUAAUAUUACUUGGAGAGACGUGAGCGUUUUUGUUAAGAUAAAACAAAGGAAAUUUUUCGAUAGAAAUUCUCACCCUUAUAAAAAAUUAAUAAAUAAUGUUACGGGAUUGGUCAAAGGUGGAAAUUUGGUCGUUUUGAUGGGUCCGAGCGGAGCCGGAAAAAGUACUUUAAUGGGAGCCCUCGCUCAUCGUAGCGCAAGUGAUAUUUACGUGGAAGGAGAUAUAAGAUUAAAUGGAAAGCCAAUAAGUAGAGAUAUACAUUUGAUAAGCGGUUUCAUGCAUCAAGAAGAUUUAUUCGUGGAAACAUUAACAGUACGAGAACAUUUGGAAUUUAUGGCACGCCUUAAAUUAGGUUCGAAUAAAAACGGAAAUGAUAUCCGUAGAAUAAUAGAUAAACUCAUAACGGAAAUGAGUUUAACAAAUUGUGCGAAUACUAAAAUAGGAAAAAUCGGUAGCAGCAAAUGCAUAUCCGGUGGCGAAAGGAAAAGGCUGUCGUUUGCAACGGAAGUAUUGACGGAUCCGCCGAUAUUAUUUUGCGACGAACCUACGACAGGUUUGGAUUCAUUUUCGGCAAUGUCGAUAAUAAAAUUAAUGAAAGAAAUGUCAUCCCGUGGGAAAAUUGUACUUUGCACAAUACAUCAACCAUCAUCUGAACUUUUCGCCAUGUUUCAACAAAUAAUAUUAUUAAGUGAUGGAAGAAUUAUUUUUAUUGGAGAAACUAAAUAUGCUUUGGAAUUUUUUCAAAAGCAGGGUUAUCGUUGUCCAGAAAAUUACAAUCCAGCCGAAUUUAUAAUGCACACAUUAUCAAAAGGUAACAAAAUGGAAAAUGAAAUAAAUUUGAAAAAAUUUUGCAACGAUUUUAACACGAGUCAAAAUUAUUUGGAUAUAGAAGAAGAAAUUAACGAUUUGAUAAACACGACGAUGCGUUUCCGGGUAAGAAUAACAAUAGAAUUAAAAUUUUCUUUUUGUUCUAGAAGAUUUUCUGGAAUUAAGAAAACAUAUUGGCUUACAAAAAGAUCAAUGUUACAAGUUUUAAGAGAUCCAUCCGUACAAAUAUUAAGACUUUUUCAAAAAUUGGGCAUCGCUCUCAUGGCAUCUUUGUGUUUUAACGGAACCGUUGAUUUAACACAAUCUGGAAUACAAUCAGUACAGGGAGCUAUUUUUAUCCUUGUUACGGAAAAUACAUUUCCACCAAUGUACGGAGUCUUACCAAUAUUCACUGAAGAAUUUCCAUUAUUAUUAAGAGAAUCAAAAAGUAAUCUUUAUUCAAUACACAUGUAUUACGUUGCUAAGAUUAUUUCAUUUGUAAGAUUGAUAAUCGAACCGUUUUUGUUCGUGUUGGUCGGAUAUUUUAUAAUAGGUUUUAAAAAUUCAUUUUAUUUAUUUUCCAUGACAACCGUUGUCUGCAUAUUGACGACAAACGUUGCUGCCGCAUGCGGUUGUUUUUUUUCAAACACUUUCAGUUCUGUAUCGAUGGCUUUGGCUUUUUUGGUACCUUUAGACUACACAUUAAUGGUAACUUCUGGUCUUUUCAUAAAAUUAUCAUCCCUACCGACCGUUAUACGUUGGUUUCGAUAUUUUUCAUGGUUUAUGUUUUCAAACGAGGCACUCACGAUUAUACAUUGGGAAAAUGUCAAUAAUAUAACGUGCGAAUAUGUUAAUCCGGAUAUUCCAUGUUUGAAAACAGGAGAAGAUGUUUUGAAUAAAUUUGAUUUUUCACCAAAUCAUUUAUGGGAAAAUAUUUUCGCUAUGGGAAUCUUGUAUUUAAUUUUUCAUUUUCUCGCAUGUUUAUUUUUAUUCUGGAGAACGAGAAAAAAUUUGUAA